CGGCAGCGCCCUGGGCUGCCUGCCUGCCUGCCGCCAUGUCCCCGUCGCCCGCCCGCUGCGGCUCUGCGCGUGGGGCGCCGGUUCCGGGGCGAAUUUCCGCGAUUUCGGGACCACGGAGGCGGCGCCGCCGGGCGGCCCGGGGAAGCCGCGCGUCACGGGGCGGCCGCGCGUCAUCAGGCGGCGGCGGCGGCGGCUCCUGCCGGGCUCGGCACCACCUCCGGCUCUGUCCCGGCGGCUCCUGCCGGUGCUCGGCACCACCUCCGGACCUGUCCCGGCGGCUCCGGCAACCUUGAGAAAAAAAACAGGAGGCUGAUGCAGAAGCACCAACUGUUCAUCUGUUGAGAUGUCCUGUAUUCCAUUGUUAAUGGAACCAGCAUGUUCCAGCUCCGAGGUACAGGGAGCUGCAAAAACAAGGAAUAAUGAUGCUACCUCCAGAUAUUUGGCUCCUCUCUCUGACGAUAAUGAAAGCAAACAGUCAAAAUCUAUUCAAAGAAAGAGAGUGCUUCCAUCUUGGAUGCUGGAAAGAGAUCUUCUGGUGCAGAGGGUUUCCAAGCCUGUUAUGACAGGAGGUAGUAGAAAGAAAAAAGGCCAAGGAAGGGGAGAAAGUUGUACAGAGUCAUUAAAAUCAGAAGUACAUGUACAGCAGAAAAAAAGAUUGGCUUCUGAAGAAACUAUAGAGGAUUUUGAAAGUGGAGAGCAAGAUCAAGGGAAAAGGAGCUGCCUUUCCAUCCCUGUUCCUUCAUCUCAGAAUACAUCUGGAUUUCCUCUUGAGACUAUCAUGAGAGAUAUGGAAGGAAGUGGCAAGACUGGAACAAAAAGCCCUGGAAGUUCUCUGGAAAAACAUGAUAGGCAGCUGCAUAGCAAAUGGUCUAAAAGAGUAGGUCAGAUCUCCAGUAAAGACAAUAGAAUUGAUGAAACAGAAAACAAAGAGCUCAUUACUGGUUCUACAAGCCAACAAGCUCACUGGGGCAGGACUUCCCAAUAUUUUGGUGCCCAGGAAGGGAUUCUUGAGCCUGAUGCAAAUCUGGACUACAACACUGAGAUUUCUGAUUCAGCCAGAAGUGCAGAUGCUUCAGAAAGCUCCAAAAAGAUGCAGCAUAAGAGGACACCUUGCAAGUAUGGAAGUGGCUGUUACAGGAAGAAUCCCAUUCACUUCCAGCAGUUCAGUCAUCCUAAUGAUGAUGACUAUCACAACACGGAGGUGGUGGCUCAGGGUGAUGAUGACAGCCGACCUGAGUGUCCAUAUGGAACAGCUUGUUAUAGGAAGAACCCCCAGCACAAGCUGGAAUACAAGCACAGUGCACCUCCAGUAACUGGAAGAGGAGCACGACAACGAGCUUCAAGCAAUGGAAAAAGGGCUGUGAAGAAAGACAGUGCCAAUGAUGGUGAAGCCAAUGAAUAUGACCUCAAUGACUGCUUUAUAGACGAGGAGGAGGAGGAGGAGUGCGAACCUACUGAUGAAGAUUCGGACUGGGAACCAAGUUCAGAAGAAAAGGAUGACUAAGAUGUUGACACACUUGUACAAGAAACAUGUAGAUUUAUUAGGAUCAAAAAAUAGCUGCUGAGAACAGCCUUAUAAAUGUCCAGUGUGGUUGUGUUAAAAAAUGGUUGCACGAAGGAGAGGAAUUGUUUGAGAAUUUUUUUGUCCAUGAUGUAGGCACUACAGGAAGAUAAUAAUGGGGGUGAGGGGAUUCUGCAAUGCCUUUCUUAUCCAUAUGUAUUAUUUUGGGGCUGGCGUGGUGUUUGUUUUAUUAAGUCAUGGACCCAGAGGAUAGAGCUCUGAAAUUUUUUUUCUCUUUUUUUUUUUUUGCAACACCAUUGGUAUCUCAUAUUUUGAAAUACAAUUUUAAAGGUUGUUAAAACUCCCAUCUUCCUGUGCUUGAAAGAAAUAUUGAUAGGAAAGCCUAAGCCAUUUUUAUUGUUGAGUUAGUGCAGUUUUAAACUUCAUUAUUCUGCUUCCAUCUUUCCCAGGUGUUGUUUUGUUGGUUCUCUUGAGGUACAGUAGUUAAAUACAGGUUGUCUAAAUCACUUGAGACAGGAUCUCAGUGUAUUGAGCCACUUGAUGGGCUCAACAACAAGUGUUAUUUGCUUUAAUUACAACAGUACUUCUUCUGUGUACAUCACUGGAACUGUGUCCAAUUCUCAGCAAAGUCUUGAUGACUGUAUUUUUGCACAAUUGAACUUGUAACAUACAGUGGGAAGAGCAUGUAACUGUGUCUCUUGAUUUCUAAAGACGUUGUUGAAAGAUCUUGCCUUCAGUGUGUUCAUCACUCCCCUGAGCUUCCUGGAAAGCAAGUUAAAAGGUUUUGCUAUAUUUUGGGACAGAUGACUGGAGCCCUGUGAAUUUGGCACCUUUUUUGGUCAAAGUCCUGAAGUUCAGCAGGAGAAGCAUUCUAGUAUGGCUUCAAGUAGGCAUCCAAAUAGACACCAGGUGGUUUUAUGGACUUUUCAGGAGGACUUUGUGGAUGUGCCCUCUACAGCUCCAAUGCCCUGGUUUUUGACUGAGCUUGUGUGCUUGUCUUGUUGUGAAGAGGCUCCUCUUACAGGAAAAACUGCCAAGGGGGAAUCAAACCAAGCAUUCUCUGGGCCUUGCCAAUGCUGUGUUGAGCUGUGUGCAGGCUCAGCUCUCAGCAGCCCUGAGAUCUCCUGCUCCCAUCAUGCUGGGGCCAUCUUGGGCAGGGAAGUUGCCCUGUGAAGGAAGCUGCUGGCCUCAGGGGAAGCUGCCCUCAUGGCCAGGAGGCAAGAGAGCACAGACCUGGCUUGAGCUGGGCUGUGUCCCAGAGGAACUGUCUCAGUCCUGCCCAGGAGGCACCUCCACAAGCAGGUGCAUGCAGCUGCCGCAGGCUGGAGCGGCGCUCUCUGGAGGAAGAGGAGGAGGGGAAGCCGGCCUCAUGCCGAGGUGUUGGCAGAGGGAGAAGUUGCUUUCCUCUGGGGCACAGGAGAGGUGUGCUCCAGGCUGUGGGAUGCAAGAUGGGGCUAUGCAGCCUCAGGUCCCAGCGGUUCAGAGGCUGGGCACUGGGGGUGAACCUUGUGGACCUCAGCUGCUGCCCGUUUCUACCUCAAAAAACCUCAUUACACACACCCCCUUGACACUUGGAAACUUCCAUUCUUGGAGGGUCAUCUUGGUCCUUACAGAUUCUGCUGAAAGGGGAAGCAUUCUCUUUGACAGAUUUCUCGGUUGAAAAUAAAGCGCCAGUGUGGCAAUAUUA